GAAAUCCCCGGGACUUUGUCGACGUGAUGCUGACUCUGGCAGGCGAAAACAAGCUCAGCGACAACCGCUGCUCCAGUCUAACUUCCAGGGCGACGAUCGAAUGGGCCGUCUCGGAGCUGAUCCUAAACCCCAGAAUCCAGGAGAGAGCUCACGAGGAGCUGGACAGAGUCGUGGGAAGAGAUCGCUCUCUGGAGGAGUGGGAUCUAAAAGACCUGCCUUGCAUCACACCACAGUCCUCGUUAACGUCUGGGCAAUCCAUCACGACCCAAGCGUCUGGAGCGACCCCGAGCUCUCCCCCCGAGCGAUUCCUGGGCAGCGACCACAGCGUGCUGGGGAAUGACUUCGAUCUCCUGCCCUACUCGUCGGGGCGGCGCCGCUGCGUCGAAUCCCCGUGUCAAGCUCACCUUCGCCUACCUCUUGCAUCGAUGGAGCUGGCGAUCGCCGCCUGGGAAGAGCGCGCAAUUGUCUAUCGCUAA